UUACUCUGACCCAGGUUCUCCCAUGCUGAGGAGAACUCCUGUUGGGACUUAUGUGAUAGCUAAGAUAAAGAAGGAAGAUGAUGAAGGCACCUAUGUUUUGCUGAACGGUAAUGGUGCUACACCAGAGGGAAACAUCCCAUUCCUUGAUUUGUUCAACAUAAAUACAGGCAGCAAAGAACGAAUAUGGGAGAGUGACAAGGAAAAAUAUUAUGAGACCGUUGUUGCUUUAAUGUCUGAUCAGGAAAAUGGGGUGUUACACAUUAAUGAGCUGAAAAUACUGACUUCCAAAGAGUCAAAAACUGAAAACACUCAAUACUAUAUUCAGAGUUGGCCAGAUAAGAAACCAUGUCAGAUCACGAACUUCCCUCAUCCAUAUCCACAGUUGGCAUCAUUACAGAAAGAGAUGAUCAGAUACCAGAGAAAGGAUGGCGUUCAACUUACUGCAACAUUAUACUUACCACCAGGCUAUGAUCCAUCAAAGGAUGGCCCUCUUCCAUGUCUGGCUUGGUCUUAUCCUAGGGAAUUUAAAAGCAAAGAUGCUGCUGGACAAGUACGUGGUUCUCCUAAUAAAUUUGCAGGCAUAGGGCCUACAUCUGCCCUUCUUUGGCUUGCUAGAAGGUUUGCUAUUUUAUCAGGACCAACAAUUCCAAUUAUUGGUGAAGGUGACGAGGAAGCCAAUGAUAGGUAAUUUGAUUCUCUCUGAGUUGUUGUUAAUGCAAUUGUCCUUGUUCACCUUUGCAGCAUUAUGUUGUGCCAUAAAGCUAUUUAUCUGUCAAAAAUAAUUUGUUUUCUUUAAGUGAGAGUCUGGGAUUGCAGUAGAACUCCAUAAUGAUAGCUGUCUUCUUGGACAAGAAAUUUUCUGAUAGGUAUGUAGAGCAACUGGUUGCAAGUGCAGAGGCUGCUGUGGACGAGGUUAUCAGACGUGGAGUUGCCCAUCCUAACAAAAUUGCUGUGGGAGGACAUUCUUAUGGAGCAUUUAUGACUGCAAACCUUCUGGCACAUGCUCCUCAUCUUUUCUGUUGUGGAAUUGCUCGUUCUGGAGCUUAUAACAGAACCCUUACCCCCUUUGGUUUUCAGAAUGAGGAUAGAACUCUCUGGGAAGCCACUUCCACUUAUGUAGAGAUGAGCCCGUUCUUGUCUGCUAAUAAAAUCAAGAAGCCAAUCUUGCUUAUCCAUGGAGAGGAAGACAAUAAUCCAGGAACACUAACCAUGCAGGUAAAAGGCUUAC